CACCUCCCCCCGGGACCCCCCCCAGUCCCCCUGCAGGGGACACCAGCAUGGGGUGCAGCAAACCCUGCCUGGGGCUCCUGGCGGACUGCCAUCACUGAGAUGGGGGCCCCGCUCCCUGCUCUCUCCCUGCUUCUGGUCCUGCUGGCAGUGAGAUGGGGAAGCGGGGCGAGUGCAGCCUGGGCAUCACCUCCUGGGGGCUGCAAGCUCGUGCAGAGCACUAUGGACUGCACUGGUAGAUGGCUGAGCUCCGUGCCAGGGAACCUUGGAGCUGACACCGAGGAGCUGCUGCUUGAUGACAACACCCUCCAGGUCCUGGGCAAUGCCUCCCUGCUCUCAGGCCACCACCUGCGACAUCUCAGUGUCACCAAGAACAGGCUGGAGCUCAUCGAGCCCGGGGCCUUCCUCAGCAGCCAAGGCCUCCACGUGCUCUCUCUGGCAGACAACCUCCUCUUCACCAACUACUCACUGACAGCAGCUGCUCUUUCUGCUCUGCCAGCCCUGAGGACACUGGAUCUUGCUGGAAACCUGCUCACCGAGGACAUGGUGUCAGUUUUGCUCUGGAACCUCUCUUCCUUGGAGUCCUUGUCAGUGGCCAGGAACAUAAUCAUGAGGCUGGACUCGUCCGUCUUCGAUAACCUAACACAGCUGUUGGAGCUGAACCUGGAGAAGAACUACAUCUUUGAGAUUGACCAAGCUUUUGAAGGGCUGCAGAGGCUGCAGAGGCUGAACAUAGCUUACAACUACCUCCCGUGCGUGGUGGAGUUCGGCCUGACCCAGCUCAGGGUGCUCAAUGUCAGCAACAACGUCAUUGAGUGGUUUCUGGCUCUGGAAAGCGACGACCUCUUCGAGCUGGAGGUGCUGGACCUAUCCCACAACCACCUCCUCUUCUUCCCCGUGCUGCCCCGGCAGAGCAAGCUGCACUCCCUGCUGCUGCAGGACAACGAGCUGAGCUUCUACCAGCGCCUGCCCAACGGCACAUCCCUGGCCAACGUCACCGUGCAGUUCCUGCUCAUUGAUGGCAACUCCACCAGCACCACGACAGUCAGCCUCUGGGAGGAGAUCUGCCACAGCGACCUCUCCUCCCUGCGACUCCUGGACAUGAGCCAGAACCAGGUCUGGUACUUGCCCGAGGGCUUCCUGGCCCAGAUGCCCUCCCUGACCCACCUGAACCUCAACCAGAACUGCCUGGAGACGUUUCGCCUCUCGGAGGGGGACCCUUUGGCCACGCUGAUGGAGCUGGACCUCAGCCAGAACCAGCUGGAGGAGCUGGGGCUGGAGAUGGGCACCAGGGAGGUUCUGCCCAACCUGCAGCUCUUCAACCUCAGCACCAACAGGCUGCAGGAGCUUCCUCCUGGGGUUUUCACCUACACCAGGAAGAUCAUGACCGUGGACCUCAGCCGCAACCGGGUCGACCUCUGUCCCUGGCCGGCUGUCAUGGGAGAAGUGAAGAGUCCUCCCUGCGUGGACGUCAGGGGCCUCAAGACUUUGACACACCUCUCCUUGGCUGGCUGUGGUCUGGGGGGACUGCGUGGCCACCCCUUCCAGGGGACCUCACUGAUGCAUUUAGACCUCUCUGACAACCACCGGGCGCUGUCCGGGGACCUGGCGUGGCUGGAGGACCUGGCCGUGACACUGCGGGUGUUGUCUCUGAGGAACACCAGCCUCUCCUCCCCCGGCACCGUGGACUUCUCCACCCUGAGCGGCCUCUCACGCUUGGACCUCUCGGGGAACUCCCUGAGCGCCUUCCCCGUGUCACUGAGCGCCCUGCGGCUCCGCAGCUUGGACCUGCGGGACAACCUCCUCCCGGCGCUGCCGCCCGACAUCGGGAGGACGCGGCUGGGAAGGAGCCUGCGGGAGCUCUACCUCAGCCACAACCCCUACAACUGCUGCACGCUGGGCUGGUGGGAGGCCCUGCGGCGGGCACAAGGCCUGCGGGUCCCCGACGGGCCCGAGGUGACCUGCAGCUACGCAUCCCGCACCCUGAGCCCCGGGGCGCUGCCACAGCCCGUCCGGAGGAGCUGCCUCUGGCAGUCGGCUGACACGGCCCUGCUGUACCUGGUGCUGGCUCUGCCCACCUGCCUGACCCUCCUGGUGGCCUUUGCUGUCACCUUCCUCAUGCUCAAACAAAAGUUGCUGAAAAUGGUGAAAAGCCGGUGUGGGGUCUCCAGCUCUUACUGAUGGCUGAGGAGGAGGAGGAGGGGCUCAGGAAGGGUGAAUGCAAGCAGGCUGUCAGGGUUAGCAGCGACAAGCCCUCUGAGGUGGUUAAGAUGGAGACAUGUUUCCUGAAGGAGCAGGGGGUGGUGGGAGAGCUGCUGCUCCUGCUACUGAUGCCCGAGGGGUAUCCGAAGAUUGCAGGGCCAUGGGGGUGAUGGAGCCUGGGGCAUCCUCAAAGGACCAGAAACCUUCAGCUGGUGUUGGCGAGAGCCAAGCAGACAUAACACUGAACACCUUGUGGCUAAAGGGGUGUGAACAGUUGCCCCCUACGGCUGUUUUUUUUAAUCCCCAUUCAAGCAGUUACUUUUAUUUAUUCACCCCUGUAGCCAACUCUCUGCUGCAAACCAUUCUGCAGCCCCCCUCCACGCGUUGUCCUGGGCUGGAGCACCAUCACCUGGGUGCUGGGGAAGGGUCCCCAUGGCUGUACUUGCCAGCAUCAGCAAACUCGCCCUGGGCAUGCACCUGUGUGCUGGUAGGAUGGGCUGGAAAACAUAUUUUGGGUUGAAAUUGCUUGGUGUGAAGUUGUGAUCCUAGCUAGAAGAGCCCAUUAAAAGUAGCCCAAGUCACAGUGAUAUAAAAUAUUGACUCAAGACAUGACAAUAAAUUAUAACCGAGGUAAUAUUUUAUCAUCGAGUUCUUUUCCUGCAGUAACUGCUG